GCAGCAGCAACAGCACUGCGAGGAUUUUUGGACUGAUUUUUACAUCAUCUCUUCACCACCAUCGUCAUCUUUUUCUUGCCAUAAUAAUAUUAAAUAUUAUUAUUAUUUCGUGUGGGUGAGGAGUUGAGGUCAGCGGCUGGGAAGAGUUAGUACCAAUAAUUCAUCCAUCCAACCACGCAGCACUCCACCAUUCCAUCAGCCAGUCCAGCCAGCGUAACAAUGAUCAGGAACAAGUGUGUCGAAAUCAGUAGUUACAUCGGGGUCGGGUCAUCCGAGUGAUUCACAUUGAACGGGGCGACCAACGACGACGACGACACCGUCACCAGAAUACAAAUUGGAUAUGAAUUUACUCCACAAAGCAUGGUGGGUGUUGCGGGGUGCGUUGGUUCUUAUCAACAAUCUGUACUGCAUCCCGACCUACGUGGUGUGGAUGGCGGUGCUGCAACCGCUGCAGUUCUUCUCUCCGAAACUCUUCUGGGCCGUGGAGGGGAUCUUUUUCCAUUGGCUUCUCACUAUGGUAGCCUUCUGGUCACAUUCCGCCCAGUACAGGAUUGUGGAGACCGGAGACUGUGUCGAAGAUCUCGUUGGGACUGAGACCCUGGUUAUGGUGAAUCAUCAGUCCACUUCGGAUGUACCUCUUCUCAUGGCCGCCUUCGCGGCGAGACCGUCUCUCCUCCCCAGACUUAACUGGAUUAUGGACGCUGUGUUCAAAUAUACCAACUUUGGAGUCGUGUCAGCGAUCCAUGGAGACUUUUUCAUUAAUGCCGGUCGAAAUCGCCGUGAGGCUAGCAUUUCCGAACUCGUGACGUAUCUCAAACGCUCGUGGGUGCCCAAGAGGCGAAAAUGGCUGGUGCUUUUCCCUGAGGGCGGUUUUCUCAGGAAGCGGAAGGAGACUUCGAAUCGCUACUCGAGAAAAAUGGGUCUCCCAGAGCUGGACCAUGUUACGCUGCCGAGAAUGGGAGCCCUUCAAGCCAUCAUUGACACGAUUGGACCAAGGGUCUCUAAACGGGCCACAGAGCCUGUUACAAGCGUGAAUAGGCUAUCCAUGUAUGGUCCAGAAACCUUCUUACGACCACGUAUCACAUAUGGCUCGAGACCAUCUGAACUUAAGUGGAUCGUGGACAUGACGAUAGCCUACCCGAACGGAGAACCCUUAGACCUUGUCGCCAUUGUGACCGGUUGUGCACCACCAUGUCAAAUCCACUUCCACUACAAAUUGUACCCAAUUCAACAAGUGCCGGUUGACAAAAGGGAACUCCAAGAAUGGCUAUACACCCGUUACAUGGAGAAAGAGGGAAUGUUGGGGAAAUUCUACCGGAGUGGUCAGUGGGAAGCGGGGAUUGAUGAGGAUGGGAGUGGAACACGCCUCGUAGAACAAGAUGUUCUUCGCAUCCUCAUCCUGCACGUUUUCUUCAUCCUCUCCACCCUCACGCACAUCAUCCUCUUGUGCAAAUUGCUGUCCCUAUUUUAACCCAACACUUACACCCUGCCUAUUAUUUAAACUCCAUCAAUUUUACCCACGACAGCACUUAAAAAAUGCGAAACCGGUCCCAGGCCGUCAGCCGAAGAAAAUGAAUGAUUUGUUCAUUUAAUUUUUAUUGUUUGUCGUCAAACUAUAAAAUUAUUGUGCUGCUGCAACUCACUCUACACUUAAUACUUCUGCGCUGCGUCCUUGUCUCCACUUUCGUCACAUCAUCCGUCACUUAAAUUCUCUCCAGGUUUUAAGUCAGCUUCUCUGCCUACCUAACCUACCUACCAUACAUACUUUAGUGAAUGUAGUUAGUUAGUUAAAAAUCAAAAACACUCCGUCUCCUCCAGCAUCACCAUCCAUCACCGCCGCCAAUGUACGACCCUCUCUCCUCUCCUCCCCCCACUCGUCGCCACCACAUUCACCUUUAAAACUCUCCCCGUUUUUACAUGCUGACAUAUUUCCUCCUUCCUGUAAUACAACCUUGUUUGUGGUGGUGGUUGUGCUUAUAUAGGAGCGAGGAGAUUCCAGAGUGCGUCGUUACUCGAUGUAUUACCAAAAUUGUACCAAAUGAUGAGAUUGACCCAGUUAUGUGAUUAUAUAUAUGACUACAAAUUACGAAAAACAAGUCUUUUAGUCAUCUCUCAGCUUCCUGCUACCUGUGGUUAAUUGGUUGGUUGGUCUAUUGUUGGUUUGUUGGAGGAUGCCCAUCUACUUUAUAAACUGAAAACUGAAACAUUGUUAGUUACCAUGAGAUGAAACUGAAAAUGGGAGGUUGGAUAAGUAUGUAGCAUGUAUGUAUCUCUCUCUCUGUGUCUAAGUGCGUGGGCGUCGUCGUCGUCGUCUUUGUGUGACUGUAGUGAUCUCACACAUUACAUUCGCUUCAUUUAUACCGUCUGUGGAUGGACGUAUAAAUACAUUCAAAAUUGCUAUCGUCGUCAUUGCUUAAUUAUUUAAGUAAUUGUUACAAUACUGUUAUGCUGCUGCUAUAUUAUGAUUUGAUUACUAGAGUCGCAAACCGAGAAUAUUAUUAUGAUUUAGUAAAUACUAACUAAAAUGAAAUCAAAUAGGUCUCCAAGCAUCAUCUUUACGUGGAGAUCAUUGACUACUAAUGCGGUCUACACUAUACAAAUAUCUACUAUAAAUAUUAUAUUGUUAGUGUGUGUAAGUACGUGUAUGUACGUGUGUGCAUGACUCGUCGUCGUCGUUGCCCUCGUCGAUAUAAAUGGGUCGUCGGUGGGAGUAUGCAAACAAGAGAAGAAGAAAAUAUUUAUGGAAAUGAAAUGCAUCUGUGAACACUUGUCUCGGGAAUAAAUUUUUGUACACUAUAGCCAAACCAAACCACGAAACACUUGUGUCCACAUAAUAUUAGCAUGGAUCGCAUCAUGCGGGUCUGUCUUUUACACGAAUGCGUCGUCGUCCACUCAUCCUCAUUAAGUAUUGAAAUUAAGCUGCAUAAUAAUCUCUCUCUCGAGAAACAGAAGGUGCAGAUUAUCUCCUACUCGAACGAAGGGCAUAAUUAAUUAAUUAAUAAUUUUGUCCGGCAUCACACGGUUGAGAUUAUUUCUUGGUGCCUUAAAAAAGAAUAAUGACGACCCACUCUGGCAAGAAGGGAAGUCUGCAGUACCGCCGCGUGCGAGAAGUCGAAGAUGACGACGAGGACAAUUUGGUCGAAACGUUGGGGAAUAAUUCGUCAACUCCAUGCUUGCUCCCUUGUCUCCUUCUCAUCCUCAUCCUGCUCGCUCUCAGUUUAACGGGACUCUUCUUCCUCAGUUCUGGCCUGAGACGGACGAGUCAUCUUGGCAAGAAACAUCACAAUGGGACGACGGAAUUGCCCGGAAAUGGGACGACGACAAGCAGUCCCAGCAGUGAUGGGGAGUCAUCAUCCAAGACCAGCAGCAGCAAUGGUGUGACGACGACACAGGCGUCAACUGCGACGUCGACAACUCUGCACCCAUCGGAUCACCAAGUCAUACACAAUUUAACCGGGCUUUUACGCGAGAAGGACGAGUUGGUCAAGUCGAUUCGAGAGCUAACGGCUUAUCUGGAGAGAAAGACGGGUGUCGAAGGCGAGCUUCUCGUUCCGGCGAGCAUGUUGCUCAUCUUCUUUGUCGCUGUGGGGCUGGCGAGUUGUUGUUGUUGUCUCCUCUCGCGGCGAAGGGAACGACGAAGGAGGGAACUCUUUGGGAGGUUUUUUAUACUUUGAUUUUCACAGAAAAUUAUUACCGAUCUGCAAACGGGAGACUCGAAACGCGUCCUGCUCAAUCAUUCCGAUCUUGAUGAUUAAAUCUUCUUAUUUAUUACACUAAUAUUUCUAUUCUAAUAAUGAGCAAAAUGGGAGAAUACUUGUAACGCUAAAUUUAAAUUGCAUUAUAUAGCAUUACAUAAACAUAUCAAAAACAUUCUCCACUUAAAAGUUCCAUACCUCAUUACGUAUUUAUAUCCACGUUUUGUUAGUACUUACUGUGACCAAGUAUUUUAAUAAAAAUUUAUCACUCGAAAC